GGUGAUAUAAAAGGAGGAAGCAGAGCCACAUUUUCGCCAUUUGGUCCCUUCACUCUCUCAAGCCCGAGUGAGAGAGAGAGAGAGAAAGAGAGACUGAGAAAGAGGGAAAAGCUGGAAGGACCCUAAACCCCAAAAACCCUAGAAACCGCCAUCUGAGAUUCGGCAUACUUUUGCUUACUUCGAAAUUGUCUGUAUGUCCAUUUGGUCUUCACUUUGGGGCUUUCUUAUCGACGUGCUGAAUUGAAUUGAAAUCUAAAGCUAUGUGGAACAACGGAGGUCAGCAGCUUGCUCCACCAGGGACCGGAGGGUCGGUUAUACCGCCUCCUCCAGCGGCGCAGCCCUCAUAUACGGUGCUUACUCCAAAUCCUCCGCCGCAGCCGGCACCGUCACCACAGGAGACGGAGGCGAAGCUCGAGGAGAAGGCCAGGAAGUGGAUGCAGCUUAAUUCUAAGCGUUAUGGAGACAAGAGGAAGUUCGGUUUUGUUGAGACACAGAAGGAGGACAUGCCCCCGGAGCAUGUCAGGAAGAUUAUCCGAGACCAUGGCGACAUGUCUUCUAAGAAAUAUCGUCAUGACAAACGUGUGUAUCUUGGAGCCCUCAAAUUCAUUCCUCAUGCAGUUUAUAAGCUCCUUGAAAAUAUGCCGAUGCCCUGGGAACAAGUCCGCGAUGUGAGGGUCUUGUAUCAUAUCACCGGAGCCAUUACAUUUGUAAAUGAAAUACCAUGGGUUGUUGAACCUAUCUAUUUGGCUCAGUGGGGUACCAUGUGGAUCAUGAUGCGUAGGGAGAAGCGGGAUCGUCGGCACUUCAAAAGAAUGCGGUUUCCUCCAUUUGAUGAUGAGGAGCCUCCAUUAGACUAUGCGGAUAAUUUGUUAGAUGUAGAUCCCCUAGAGCCAAUUCAGUUAGAGCUGGAUGAAGAAGAAGAUUCUGCUGUAUAUACGUGGUUUUAUGACCAUAAGCCUCUGGUGAAAACAAAACUUAUCAAUGGCCCAAGUUAUAGGAAAUGGCAUCUAUCCCUUCCAAUCAUGGCAACUCUCCAUCGGCUUGCAGGCCAACUGCUUUUUGAUUUGAUUGACCGCAAUUAUUUCUACUUGUUUGACAUGCAGUCAUUUUUUACAGCAAAAGCAUUGAACAUGUGUAUACCAGGUGGCCCUAAAUUUGAACCCUUGUAUCGUGACAUGGAGAAAGGGGAUGAGGACUGGAACGAGUUUAAUUUACUACUUCUUGGAUUGACUCGAGCGAGUGAGAUUGCUGGUCCACCACAGAUGCCUAAUGAGUUUAUCACUUAUUGGGACACAAAAGUUGAAACACGACAUCCAAUACGACUUUAUUCAAGGUAUAUUGAUAAGGUGCAUAUAUUAUUUCGAUUUACUCAUGAAGAGGCUCGAGACCUUAUUCAGCGGUAUCUUACUGAGCACCCUGAUCCUAACAAUGAAAACAUGGUUGGAUACAACAAUAAGAAGUGCUGGCCCAGAGAUGCGAGGAUGCGGCUAAUGAAACACGAUGUAAAUCUUGGUAGGAGUGUCUUCUGGGACAUGAAGAACCGUCUUCCUCGAAGCAUCACUACCUUGGAAUGGGAGAACAGCUUUGUUUCUGUAUACAGCAAGGACAACCCCAAUCUGCUUUUUAGCAUGUGUGGAUUUGAAGUUCGUAUUCUUCCAAAAAUAAGAAUGACCCAAGAAGCAUUCAGCAAUACGAGGGAUGGAGUUUGGAACCUACAGAACGAGCAGACCAAAGAGCGAACUGCAGUUGCUUUCUUACGAGUUGAUGAUGAACACAUGAAGGUUUUUGAGAAUCGUGUCAGGCAGAUUCUUAUGUCCUCUGGUUCAACAACGUUCACAAAAAUCGUUAAUAAAUGGAACACCGCAUUGAUAGGUCUUAUGACAUACUUCCGCGAAGCAACUGUGCAUACGCAAGAGCUAUUAGAUCUGCUGGUUAAAUGUGAAAACAAAAUUCAAACUCGAAUUAAGAUUGGGCUGAAUUCAAAAAUGCCUAGCAGAUUUCCUCCUGUUAUCUUUUACACUCCAAAAGAAAUUGGAGGACUUGGCAUGUUGUCUAUGGGUCACAUAUUGAUCCCUCAAAGUGACCUUCGGUACAGUCAGCAGACAGAUGUUGGUGUAACUCACUUUAGGAGUGGAAUGAGCCAUGAGGAGGACCAGCUGAUUCCUAAUCUUUACCGCUACAUACAGCCCUGGGAGAGUGAAUUCAUUGAUUCACAGCGUGUCUGGGCAGAGUAUGCGUUGAAGAGGCAGGAAGCUCAGGCACAAAAUAGGCGUUUAACCCUUGAAGAUUUGGAAGAUUCAUGGGACAGGGGAAUACCACGUAUAAAUACUUUGUUUCAGAAAGACAGACACACUUUAGCAUACGAUAAAGGUUGGAGAGUUCGAACUGACUUCAAGCAGUACCAAGUUUUGAAACAAAAUCCUUUCUGGUGGACACAUCAGAGGCAUGACGGGAAGUUGUGGAACUUAAACAAUUACCGUACAGAUGUCAUCCAAGCUCUUGGAGGUGUUGAGGGAAUUCUUGAGCAUACGUUAUUCAAAGGAACCUACUUUCCAACCUGGGAAGGUCUCUUCUGGGAAAAGGCUUCUGGUUUUGAGGAGUCAAUGAAAUACAAGAAGUUGACAAAUGCUCAAAGAUCUGGUCUCAAUCAAAUUCCUAACCGUAGGUUUACUCUUUGGUGGUCGCCUACAAUAAAUCGUGCCAAUGUGUAUGUUGGUUUCCAAGUGCAGUUGGAUUUGACUGGAAUUUUCAUGCAUGGAAAGAUUCCAACCUUGAAGAUAUCUCUAAUUCAGAUAUUCCGAGCACAUUUGUGGCAAAAGAUUCAUGAGAGCGUGGUUAUGGAUCUUUGUCAAGUCCUCGACCAGGAGCUAGAUGCUUUGGAAAUUGAAACUGUCCAGAAGGAAACAAUUCAUCCAAGGAAGAGUUACAAAAUGAACAGCUCUUGUGCGGAUGUUCUUCUCUUUGCUGCACAUAGAUGGCCUAUGUCAAAACCUAGUCUUGUAGCAGAAUCAAAAGAUAUGUUCGACCAGAAAGCAAGCAACAAGUAUUGGAUAGAUGUACAACUCCGAUGGGGAGAUUAUGACUCCCACGAUAUUGAGCGUUAUACUCGAGCCAAAUUCAUGGAUUAUACCACUGAUAAUAUGUCAAUAUAUCCAUCGCCCACUGGUGUAAUGAUUGGGAUUGAUUUGGCAUAUAAUUUGCAUUCUGCUUUUGGCAACUGGUUCCCUGGUUCAAAACCACUGCUAGCUCAGGCAAUGAACAAGAUCAUGAAGUCAAAUCCAGCUUUAUAUGUUCUGAGGGAGCGAAUAAGGAAAGGUUUGCAGUUGUAUUCAUCUGAGCCUACAGAGCCAUACUUGUCAUCCCAAAAUUAUGGUGAAAUAUUUAGCAACCAAAUAAUAUGGUUUGUUGAUGACACCAACGUUUAUCGUGUCACAAUCCAUAAGACAUUUGAAGGAAAUCUGACCACAACUAUUAAUGGAGCUAUCUUCAUCUUCAACCCAAGAACGGGGCAGUUGUUCUUUCCCAAUAUAGUGAUUAAGGGAAGUGAGUUGCAGCUCCCAUUCCAGGCGUGCUUGAAGAUUGAGAAAUUUGGGUGAUCUGAUUGAAGGGCCACUGAACCGCAGAUGGUUCUAUUCAAUAUUUAUGAUGAUUGGUUGAAGAGUAUAUCGUCGUACACUGCAUUCUCUAGACUCAUUUUGAUCCUUCGAGCACUUCAUGUGAAUAAUGAGAAGGCGAAGAUGUUGCUGAAGCCUGACAAAACAGUCAUUACCGAGCCACAUCAUAUCUGGCCUUCUCUCACUGAUGAUCAGUGGAUGAAGGUUGAGGUUGCCCUAAGAGAUCUUAUACUUUCGGAUUAUGCAAAGAAAAACAAUGUGAACACAUCAGCUUUAACACAGUCUGAGAUACGUGAUAUCAUCCUUGGAGCUGAAAUUACGCCACCAUCGCAGCAGAGGCAACAAAUUGCAGAGAUUGAGAAACAGGCAAAAGAAGCAAGUCAGCUAACAGCUGUCACAACAAGGACGACAAAUGUUCAUGGUGAUGAACUCAUCGUCACUACCACUAGUCCUUACGAGCAAGCUGCGUUUGGAUCGAAAACUGAUUGGCGCGUGAGAGCAAUAUCAGCAACUAAUCUUUAUCUGAGGGUCAACCAUAUAUAUGUUAAUUCAGAGGACAUAAAGGAGACAGGAUAUACUUACAUCAUGCCCAAGAACAUUUUAAAGAAGUUUAUUUGCAUAGCAGAUCUCAGGACUCAAAUUGCCGGGUAUCUAUAUGGUAUAAGCCCUCCAGACAAUCCCCAGGUGAAGGAAAUCCGCUGUAUUGCAAUGCCACCCCAAUGGGGUACUCAUCAGCAAGUUCAUCUUCCGUCAGCUCUUCCUGAGCAUGACUUCUUGAAUGAUCUAGAGCCUCUGGGAUGGAUGCAUACACAACCAAAUGAGCUUCCUCAGUUGUCACCACAGGAUCUGACAAAUCAUGCUCGAAUCCUGGAGAACAACAAGCAGUGGGAUGGAGAAAAGUGCAUUAUCUUGACAUGCAGUUUCACUCCUGGCUCCUGUUCGUUAACUGCAUAUAAACUUACCCCAAGUGGUUACGAGUGGGGACGUGUCAACAAGGAUACAGGAAGCAAUCCCCACGGCUACCUUCCUACCCAUUAUGAGAAGGUCCAGAUGCUCCUGAGUGACCGGUUCCUCGGGUUUUACAUGAUUCCGGAUAAUGGGCCAUGGAAUUAUAACUUCAUGGGGGUGAAGCACACAGUGAGCAUGAAAUAUGGUGUGAAGCUUGGAACACCACGAGAGUACUAUCAUGAGGAUCACAGGCCAACCCAUUUCCUCGAGUUUAGCAACAUGGAGGAGGGUGAUGUUGCUGAAGGCGAUCGCGAGGAUACCUUCUCCUAGACAUCAAUUUUCUUCUUACUUGUAACAGUUCAUGUACAAGCCACGCCCAUGAUGUAACUGUAUUUGAGCACAUAAUUUUUGAAUUAGCUGUAAAUAUUUCUGAGCUUUACUCUAUGUAGCUAACAGAUUUUGGUUCAUAACAAGAGUAUAAAUUUUUCAGCAGGUUUUAAUUC